CAAUAGGUAUGUAUCAAAGAAUAAUCAAUUUACGUAAAUCAAAUAAAUUAAAAAUUUUAAUUGGACUUGGUAGAUCGAAUCAUGGAAGUUAUUCUUUUUCUAAUAUGGUUCACAAUCAAACACAAAGAACAAAUUUUUAUUAAAACAACAAUUAGUUUUUUAGAAAAAUAUCAAUUUGAUGAAUUUGAUUUUGAUUGGGUAAAUAUUUUAUUCAAUUCGAUUUAAUUAAAGGAAUAUCCAGAUUCACGUCAUGGUUCAAGACCAACCGAUAAACAACAUUUUACUAAUUUAUUAAUUGAACUUAAAAGAGCUUUUCGUCCUUUUAAUUUUUUGUUAACAGCAGCUGUUGGUGCUGGAAAAUCAACAAUUGAUGCUGCUUAUGAAAUUCCUCAAAGUCGUCAAAAUGAUAAUAAAUUAGAUAAAGCACUAACGCAAGAUUGGUCUGUUCGUUAUUGGAUAAAUAAUGGUUGUUCUUCAUCGAAAAUUGUUAUGGGUUUAGCAGUUUAUGGUCGAACAUUUCGAUUAGCUAGUUCAACUAAGAACUAUAUUGGUGCACCAGCUGUUGGACCAGGUAAUGCUGGUUUAUAUACAAAUGAACAAGGAUUUUUAGUUUAUUAUGAAAUAUGUACUCGUGUUAAACAACAAGGUUGGACUAAAAUAUUUGAUGAGGAACAUAAAUUAAAUUAUGCUUAUAAAGAUGAACAAUGGAUUGGAUAUGAUGAUCUCUAUUCAAUUAAUUAUAAGGCUUUUUUAAAUAAACAUAUAUAUUCAAAUGAAAAUUAUUUAUCUGUUUUCUUCAAUAGAUUCAAUAUGUUCAAGAAAUGGGUUUAG